CACGCAUACACACACGAACGCAGGCAGGUUUGGUGGCGGCCGGUGAUUCUCUGCUUCAUUUCUUAACACACCAGCUCUGGGUCCAAACUCAGGAGGGGUGUUUUAAGAAAUUGAACAACAUCUCAGGAAGAGUGCCAGACAGCAUACAAUUAUCAAAGCCGGAUGCCUAUGGUACACAGCUGCUGCAGCAUCAAGUUAACGGAUGCUAACACAUUUAAUCAUUAAGACAUUUCACAUUGGUUUGCUCUGACAGAUGUUGAGAAUGGGAAAAUCGGAAAGCCAGAUGGACAUCAUGGAGAAAUCAGCCAAACCCGGGAAACAUCGCUUGAGUGUUGCCGAGAUCGGGUUGUCUGUGCUGCUGCUGUUAGUGAGCUGUGCGCUGGUGGGUCUCAUUGUCCUUUACACGGCCGCAGUGCGAGAAAGGUCAGACAGAACUGGUGUAUCCAAGGGUAGGGUCACUGAAGGGCUAAUGUACCGUUCCAGUGUCAACAGCAUAUGCACCACUUCAGACUGUGUCACAGCAGCGGCCAGGCUGCUCCAGAACAUGGACCCGCGCACGGAGCCGUGUCAGAACUUCUACCAGUACGCCUGCGGCGGGUGGCAGGAGAGGCAUGUGAUCCCCGAGACCAGUUCCCACCACAGCGUUUUCGACAUCCUUCGCGGGGACCUGGAGAUUGUGCUCAAGGGAGUGCUGGAAACACAGCAUGAGCAAGACCGGGAGGCCUUCAGGAAAGUCAAGCUGCUAUACAGCUCAUGCAUGAAUGAGAGUCUCAUUGAGCAACGCGACUCCCAGCCUUUGCUGAAGCUCAUCGAGAGCAUUGGAGACUGGCCAGUGGCCUCAGACGACUGGAACAGCACAGCAGAAGAUUCCUGGAGCCUGGAAGACACUCUUGCCACCCUUAUAACCCGGUUUCACAAAAAGGCUCUGUUGGACAUGUUUGUGUGGACGGACGACCAGGACUCCAGUCGUCACAUCUUACACAUUGAUCAGCCUGGACUGGGGAUGCCCUCCAGAGACUAUUACUUCAAUGAUGGAAACUACAAAAGGGUGAGAGAGGCCUAUCAGCAGUUCAUGGUUACCAUGGCAAGGAUUGCCCGUGAGGACAGGAACCUGACCCAGGACGACGAGCGUGUGUGGGAGGAGAUGAUGCAGGUCAUGGAGCUGGAGAGAGACAUUGCCAAUGCCACUACGCCACCUGAGGAACGUCAUGAUAUCACAGUUUUAUACAAUAAGAUGACCCUCAGCGAGCUGCAGGAGAACUUCAGCCUCAAUGGCUUCAACUGGACGCGCUUUAUUCAAGGCGUCAUGUCCAGUGUGUCCAUAACAGUGCACCCGGAAGAAGAGGUAGUAGUCUACGGAGUCCCGUACUUGGAGAGGUUGAAUGAUGUCCUCUCUAAACAUGAUCGCAGGACUCUGCAGAAUUUUCUCACCUGGCACUUAGUCAUUGAGAGAGUUGGCGGUCUGAGCCGACGCUUCAAAGACGCUCGAGCACAUUAUAGAAAGGUGUUGUUUGGGACCACAGUGGAAGAGGCUCGCUGGCGCGACUGUGUGCGGUACGUCCAGGGAAGCAUGGUGAACGCUGUGGGUGCCCUCUAUGUCCAGGAGGCCUUCGCAGGAGACAGCAAGCGCAUGGUCAGUGACCUCAUCCGAAUGAUGCAGGCUGCGUAUAUGGACACCCUGGAGGAGUUGAACUGGAUGGAUGUCGCAUCAAAGGAAAAGGCUAGAGAGAAGGUGUUGGCAAUCAAGGAACAGAUUGGCUACCCUGACCACAUCCUGGAAGAAAACAACCAGAAAUUGGAUGAGGAGUAUGCCCAUCUGAACUUCAGUGAAAACUACUUUGAGAACAUUCUGCAAAACCUGCAAGCCGGGUCGAAGAAGAGUUUAAAGAAGCUCAGGGAGCCAGUGGACCCAAACAUGUGGAUCAUUGGCGCAGCUGAAGUGAAUGCGUUCUACUCUCCAAACAGAAACCAAAUAGUUUUUCCUGCUGGAAUUCUGCAACCCCCGUUCUUCAGUAAAAAUCAGCUCCAGGCUCUCAACUUUGGUGGAAUUGGAAUGGUGAUCGGGCAUGAAAUUAUUCACGGGUUUGAUGACCAUGGUCGUAACUUUGACAAGGAUGGGAACAUGUAUAACUGGUGGAGUAACUACUCAGCAGAGCACUUUAAGGAGCAGUCUCAGUGCAUGGUGCACCAAUACGGAAACUUCAACUGGAAGUUGGCUGGUGGACAAAACGUUAGUGGCAUAAGUACCCUUGGGGAGAACAUUGCCGACAAUGGAGGAAUUCGUCAAGCGUAUAAGGCGUACCUUAAAUGGGUUGAGAGAGAAGGUGAGGAGCCUCGACUGCCUGGUCUCGACCUGGACCACAAACAGCUCUUCUUUCUCAACUUUGCUCAGGUGUGGUGUGGUGCCUAUAGGCCUGAAUUUGCCAGCCAGUCGAUCAAGACAGAUUCUCACAGCCCUUUGGAGUACAGGGUUCUGGGGUCCCUGCAGAAUUUCGAGGCCUUCUCCGAGGCAUUCCAGUGCAAAACAGGUGCCCCCAUGAACCCAGAGGUGAAAUGCAGAGUGUGGUAGCCAGCGUAUGGCCCUCUUCUCUUCCUCCUCUGUGGAUGGAUUGACUUUGUGAUUCGGGCAGCAGCUACUGUAGGUGCCUAAAUGUAAUUUUGAGUCACAACCAUACAAUAGUGGUACACUGCCUUAUAUUUCACCUGAUCCCCUGACAUGGUGAAUAUAGAUACCUACCUUGAUAUGUGUAGUGUACACAAAAUCGUAUACACGUGCAAUGUAUGGAAGCUCUGAGACUGCCCUUAUGUGCAGAGGUCUAGCUUUCACUCUACAAUGAAAUACGUGGGGGCAUGAGGAAAGAAACUUGCUUUUGCGUGUGUACAGCUACUUAAAAUGUAGCUAUUAGUCUAUCGUUGGAUCUGUUUUUCCUGUACUUGUUGCUAAGUGACUGUUGCAUAUAUACAUAUAUAUAUAUAUAUAUAUAUAUAUAUAUAUAUAUAUAUAUAUAUAUACGCUCUAAAAAUAUGUUUGGACCGACCAUCUUGUAUGAUGACGUGAUCAAAAUGUCGGGAUCUGUGCACGUUUUUCAUCAUAUAGAGCAAACUAUGAACGUGUUUGACAGCAUCAUGUUCUCAUGUGCCAUUAUUUGAGGUUUGCGUAAUUUAGCUUUUUUAAAUUGAGAUCCACAAUAUAAACAUAUAUAUAUAUAUAUAUAUAUAUAUAUAUAUAUAUAUAUAUAUUUGAGAUUAUCUUCAGCCUUUUACAAUUUAUUGCUUGGGGUCAAACUAUGUGUUUGUUUUUUAACUGACUGGAUACAUUUAAAUAAAGAGCAGGUUUUUACAGUGUGUUAUUUGCAUGACUCAAAGUCGCAAACUGACACACCGAUUAACAAUCAGACUGCUUUGAUUGUGAUCAGGAUGGAUUUACUGUAUUUGUAACAGGGCUGAUACAAUCCCUACAAGCUAGAGAAAUUCAGCUAAAGACUCUAUGACUGUUAACUUCACACACACAGCUUUACCUGUUCAUGUUCAGUGUUCACAUUUCCACAUUUUCAGUGUCCAAACAUUUUUUGUGGGGGGUGGGGGCUUGAUAUUUGAAAUAUCCUUUUACUGUUGAUUAUUUCAUGAAACUGCCUCAGUAUGUGAAAAAUGUAUAUCCAUAUAUUUACAAUGGAGGCACUGAAUGUAUUGAAAGUUGGGUGACUGUUGGGUACAGCAUUCACUAGGCCCCUUUUCAAAUGUAUCAGUUGUUUAUCAUCUCUGAUGUUGGCUAAUAUGAGACAUUUCCUUCAUACCUGUGCCUCUGAAGCUUAGCGUUGACAGUGCCUGUGGUUUCCUGCGCUAUCAGUCAGAGAGAGGAAGACAGAAGGGAGGCCUUAUGUAAUGCCAAGGAAUGUUCUGUUGUUCCACUAUCAAGCCACUUUUGAAACAAGGGAGGCUUUGUUAAUUUGGAAAGGAAAGGCGUUCUGUACUCCUUCAAGGCCCGAAUGAGACCUGGGUGAGCUCUGUUUAGUAUUCUGCCCCUCUAUCUGCCCCAUUCUAAGGUGUGUUUACUCUCCUUUGUCGCCCUAGAGGUCAACCCUUUCCUUUUUGGAAAAUAUUUUUUUACAGAUAUGGUUGGAUUGAAUUAGCAGCCUACUUCCUAUAUCUUCUGAGACAGUGUUUGUCUGUACUUGAUCCUGUUGUGGAUGUGGACACGAUUACUUGCAUAAGAUCUCAACUCAUAUUCCUUCUUGUAGGAACAGUGUGUCAGUCAUUUGUAAUGGCUGUUGACUGUGAGGUCAAUAUGUCAAUAGAUGGGAAUAUCCCCUGACUUCACCUCGACAGCGUAAUUUCUAGGGAACCUUGCAAUGAUGUUGGGAGAAUAGGCAAAACUGAGGCUGAGACAGGGAAAGGGUCUUGAAGAGAGCAUAUUGGGUGACAGUGGCUUGACUGAAAAAGAACGUUUGUCCCUUUCCUAUCUCUCAAAUUGAUCAUCUGCACAGAGAUUGGGGUGGUGGUGGUGCUGGGGGGGGCAGUAAAUAUGAGUAGCCAACAGGUGUCCUGGCUGGAGGACAGACAGACUCGGGGGAAAUAGCCUUGUCAUUAGGGCCCCAGCCAUGGCCACCGCUGUUAGUUCCCUGCUUGAUGAACAAGUAAUGACAGCGGCACUAAAGAGUUGAGAGGUAGAAUGAGAGAGAGAGAGGGAGAGCGAGAGAGAGAGAAGGACUUUGACAGAAAGAUCAAAUAGGAUUUAGAUGAGUGCACACAAGACAGGGGUUUUUAGAAGAAUAGAAAUAGCGAGAUGUACUUCUGAGAACUCGUGCGAUGCAGCCAAUAAAGAAACAAAUGAUGCCUUGGGCCAUUCAUUCUGACUGUUAUCUCUGGUCACAGAGACAUGAAUUUAAAUGUGCAUGUCUGUCUUUUGAGCUUUAUUUCUACCUACUCUCAGCCUGUCAACGGUCAUUAAGUACUGUUACUUACAUAGAGAAAUAACUGCACUAUGACUGCAAUGUUUUAGAAUUUAGCUUAUCCAAUCAUUUCAUCACAGUACCUAGAAUGACUAAAUAUGAGCUAUCACAAGCAAGGGCUGACAUCACUUGGAAUUGAAACUAAUGCUCUGUACAAAAUAACAUUGUCAUGAGUAUGGAAAGAAAACUGUAGGAGUAUAAAAUAAAGAGAGAAUACAAAUGCAUGCAGCAUUUCAAAGAAUGUUAGGGGACAGAUGUCUAAUUUAUGUGUACAGUACAAGAAAGUCAUUCAUGCAGUAUUUCAUACAGUAUAUUAACAUAAACUGCAUAUCCUAUAUCGUCAUAUUUUCAGACUUGCCUGAUCUAUCUUGCUUCAGAGAUAUUUUUUUUUCUUUAUUUGAAAGAAAUUAGAGAUUAAAAGAUAAGGGAGACAUUUCUAUUGAACAUACCUUUCCUUUUCAUAUCCAAGUCAUAGUUCUUGGAAUUGGUUUCUACAAAUGUACAGUAGAUAUCCCCUACCUUCCUACAGACCUUUUCUCUAAGAAGGUAAUUUGUGCAAAGGUGGACAGAGUUUGUUACAGUAAAUGAAACAGUCUUGUUUACAUUCACAUUCAGUACAACAAAGAAACAAGUUAUAGGCUGUUUAUAGCGAUGAUUUGAUCUGUAAGACACGUAAGAUGUGUUUCUCUUACUGCUUUAUUUCAACAGUGUGCGUUCCCUGAGUGCAUUUUCAGACCAUGCUGCUAUUCCUUGCCUAUCUGACUGUUUUUUGUGCUUGAGAUCUCUCUUAAUGAUGCCAAGAUAUUAUCAAUUAAAUGAAUAUUUUCAUUAUAUAUCUAUUUUGAUGUGAUUGAUAUUAUGUAAAGAUAUAACUAUACAGUCCUGGUUUCUGUAAAGGCCAGUAAGCAAUUAUAUGUUGAACAUUUCUACAAAAUAUCUGUGAAGAAAAAAAACACUUAAACUAAACAGUUGAGUAUAUUGUGAUUUCAGGUAUAUAAUGUGUAUAACUCUUUAAAUGUUUGUUGUAAUAUACCUGGAAUAAAGCAGCGCUAUCGCAAAUCUGCAUGGUUGAUUGUGAGUGAUGACUGGAAUGUUAAUUUCAGUGUUAGACAGUGUUAUCCAAAUUUGAUCAUAUAUUUUGCUGUUGGACAUUGCACCAAUGGACUUCAUUUAAAUUUGUUUAACAAAAGCUUUUGGGUCAUCAGUACUAUGGCAUCAUCCUCACACAUUAGCUCUGGAUAGGCCACCCAAAAUAUAAGCACAUUUUGAACUUGAUGCCAGAAA